AUGUACAGUAGAUAUCAAAAAAAAAAAAAAGAAAAAUUCGUAGACAAAAAGAAAAAAAAAAAAGUCUUCUCUUCUUCAUCAAUGUCUGAACGUAAAGCAAUCAACAAGUGGUACCCUCCAGACUACGACCCAUCAAAAGUCCCCAAACGUAAAAAGAAUGCUAGCCUGACUAUCAAGAUACGUAUGAUGGCACCCUACUCGAUGCGGUGUCUCAAGUGCGAUGAGUAUAUCGGCGCCAGAAGAUCGUUCAACGCAAGAAAGGAAAUCACCAACGAAAAGUACCUCAACAUAAAGAUUAUCAGGUUUUAUAUAUCCUGUCCGGGAUGCAACAACACAAUAACGUUCAAGACCGAUCCCAAGAACGCAGGGUACACCCCUGAAGAAGGUGCAGUGAGAAACUACGAAAAGACCACCAAAAAGGAAUCAGAAGAUGAUCUACUUGCCAGAUUGGAGAAGGAAGAACAGGAAGAUAAAAAGUACCAACUCCUCAAAUCCAAACGUAAGAACAACCCAUUUUGGAACGAACAGACCGUGGGGAUGGAAAACCUAGAAAAACGUUUACAAGAACAACACAAACAACAAUUGCUAAACGAACAGCUCGAGGCCAUCCAAACCAAAGCCAGUAUCGAUAAAGACAAACUAGAGGAAAAAGCAAGAGAGAAACUACAGGUUAAAAUCAACAGGCCAACAACUAAACACCGACUUCCUAUUCCUACAACCAUCAAACUACCUAAAAAACCAAAACUUGUAAACUACUCAAGCGACUCCGACUAA